AUGGACAUCGAUAGCAACCAAAUUGACGUUUUCCAAUUAUCCAGUUAUGCUCAGAAACUGCCGAAGAGCAACCCGAAUGUGUACCAGAGGUACAUCGAUAAAAUUAAAGUUAUUGGAAACAUUGAUCCAUACUGUAUAAAAUUUCGGCUGUGCGAUCUACCAACAUCCGUGACAACUGGAAGUGUUGUUGAUUUUUUAAUAAACUUUCGAUCGCCGUAUACUGGCAAUUCAAUGAAAAAUAGCCGUAGUUUGGAAGGUUACAAAAAAUUUGAAAGCGGAUUUGUGCAUACGGUCGAAGGCAUGAUAAUAGAGGGAAAAUACGUUGUUGUGGGAAAGGUGGUCCAUUCAAUGCGGAUGAACGAAAAAAUGUUGCAACCAUGGAUUAUAAUUGAUAACCGAGGGACGAUUUUGUCCUCACACUGCAAUUGUGUUGCUGGUGUCAGUGAAACCUGCUCCCAUGUGAGUGCCAUACUCUACUACUUGGCUAAUUUGCAUGCGCAGUCGACGGACAGACGGACUACCGUAACAGGUAUGCCAGCAUACUGGCGCCAACCACCUAAAAGGAUUAAAGAAGAUGUAUAUAAACAGGUUCAAGAUACUGAUUAUGGGAAGGAGAUCAAAAAAUUUCAUGACAGUACGUACACAAAAAGCAAGGAAGAUUUUGUGGGUUUGCUGAAAACAAUUGCUAGAGCUGGCGGAGAUGCUGUUAUACUGAACCGGAUUUGCGAUUGCACAAAUUACCUGCCUCACCAGAUGGCGUAG